AUGGUAGGACUGCAGAAUGAAGCCAGGCGGAACGGGGAUGGGAAUAAAGGGAAUGCCCCAGUCACAGAGCCGCCUCGGAACACACCGUCCCACCUGGUCCCCAUUCGUGCUGUUAGCGUUACGAAAACACGAUCCGCCUAUUCACAGUGUGAACACAUUCUUCUUCGGUGCUGUAAGCAAUGCUCCUACUCUCUUUACAAUUCACAUCUUAUCAUGUUUACUAUCUCAUUCGAUAGAAAAGGAAUAUGGCAUCAUUUCUACAUUCUUGCUCCAUUAGCCUCCCCCAAAUCCGAUUUUGAUCGAACGGAAUCACCAAUCUUGUAUUCCUUCAGCUCAAAUAAAACUGGUCAGCUUGUUUUCUUGUCUGGAGUUCUUACGUGGUGUGCUUAG